AACCAAUCACUGUUGAUGAGGGGAGUGGAACCUCAACCCAGCAUGUUAUCAUGAUAGAGGCUGGAGGUCCUAAAGUCAAGCACGAACGGACUGAAGAAGAGGAGGGCCCACGGCACAACAGAGACAUCCAGACUGGAGUGCUUGAAGUGCCCCCUGUAGCCACGGAGGACCUUACCACUUCCACAGCACAGCCCAGGACCCAAUGCAGCAUCACGGAGGUCAGUGGAACGCCGAACGCCGCCCUCAAAUCAGAGACCGACACCAAGACUUUAACUGUAACGCACAGGCUCUUACACACAGGAUCUGAUCAUAGAUCAGACCCAGAGAGACUGGUGGUGGGGCCACUGGGCUGUCCUCCUGCUCCUCGCUCAGAGUAUUUACCAGUAUUUCACCAGAGCCAGAGAACGGUUCAUUCCCGUGGAGAUGGUGAUGCGUUAUACACUGACGUUGAUGAUCCGUCUUGCUCUUAUGCUACAGAGAUGGAACCUGGCAACAUGCCCUUGGGUUUAGAGACACAGACUGAUCUGUCUAAAGGGGAUUGGAACCAGUACAGUAGUAGUGUAUACUCUGAAGGGUGCCUAGAUAAGAAAGGGGAGGGUCUGGUCACAGAUGAAGUGACUGUGAAAGUGGAGGGCGACGUUCCUCAAACAUGGAAUGCCGAUAGUCACAAUGGAGACGGACACUCACAGGGUAGAGAUUUCUUAGAAUACAGAGAAAGCUUAGAGACAACUCAAAAUGUCGCAACUAACUCCCUUUUACUCAGGGAUCGUGACCCAGUGUCCAUGUCGAUGGGUCCUUCUGAUUCGUAUGGCCAAAUCCUUUUCGAUCAGGUAUUGAACUCAAACGACAGGGCUAGAGCCCAGGCUCAGGGAGGGGGUGCCACAUCAGGCAAUAGUAAAGAGAAACGGUUCCUCUGCAUGUUCUGUAACAAAGGCUUCAGCUGCCCCCAGACAGUGGAGGUGCACCAGAGGAUCCACACAGGGGAGAAACCCUACAGCUGUACCCAGUGUCACAUGCGCUUCGCCCAGUCUGGCAGCCUAAAGAGGCACCAGAGGGUCCACACAGGUGAGAAACCCUACAGCUGCCCCCAGUGUGAGAAGAAGUUCUCCCACCAGCACCAUCUGAAGACGCACCUCAAGGUCCACACGGGAGAAAGGCCGUUCGCCUGUACACUCUGCGGGAAAAGGUUCUCAGAGAGGAGCUACCUCAAGAUACACCAGCAGAAAAACCAUUCCACUCUAUAGCUUCUGAUGUUUAGAUCAAACCCUGCAUUAAAGACAAAUAUACAUUUAACGGUUGUCAGCAGAAAAGAACCACAGAUGCAUUUGAAAUAAUGAGAGUAACAGAUUUCAGUGUUGAAUAUUCCUGAGUAGAAUAUUGCACUCAGACAUUGUGUGAUAUUUAAGCCUAAAAAGUCUGUUACAUAUUGUGUUUGUACUGUGUAGGCUAUAUGAUGUUCACAAAUGCCUAUUUCAUUACUUCCAUUUAACUUCUUAAUUUUUUCCCAUUUUUAAUGAGUUAAUAAAUGCAGUUCAUGCUUUUUUUGUUGACAUGUGUAUUUGUGGUUUUCAUAAUGUGUAUUUAACUUAUGUUUCAUAAACACAAAAUGGGACUUUACAUUGUAAGACUCAUUAAGACUCUUUAGUAUACAUCACAUCUGAUCUCAACCUAUUCUGCAUACACCUGACAGCACUUCAUAACCAUUAUAGGACUAAAUAUACCUACAUACUAACAAACACCUACUGUACAUAUCAAAUAGUUUAGUCAGAUUUGUCUGACAUCAUAGCUGACUUAUAUUUACCCACAACAUCAUAUUUAUGUCCACCAUGAUGGAUUUAACAACAAUUAAGUAAUUCUGUAACUACAAUAUAGGACUCAAACAUAGUGGGGAUGGGUAAACACCGUUGAAAGUGUUUU